AUGUUACAGGGUAUUUCAGAAAACAUUGUUGUUGGUUCUCCCAUUUGGGUUGGUGAUCCAGAACAAGUUUGGAUUGAUGGAGAAGUACUGAAAAUUAAUGGGGAGGAAGCUGAGGUUCACACUAGUUUUGGGAAUACGGUUGUUGCCUGUUUGGCAAAAUUAUAUCCCAAGGAUGCAGAUGCUCCUGCUGAUGGAGUUGAUGACAUGACCAAGCUUGCUUAUUUGCAUGAACCAGCAGUGCUUCAUAAUUUAGCAACUAGAUACAAGAUGAAUGAGAUAUAUACCUACACUGGAAAUAUUCUUAUUGCUGUCAAUCCCUUUCAAAGUCUUUUGCACUUAUAUGACACUGAUGUGAUGCAACGGUACAAGGGAGCAAUGCAUGGAGAUUUAAGCCCUCAUGUUUUUGCUAUUGCUGAAGCUGCAUACAGGGCAAUGAUCAAUGAGGAGAAAAGCAAUGCUAUUCUUGUUAGUGGUGAGAGUGGAGCUGGUAAGACAGAAACCACCAAAAUGCUCAUGCGUUAUCUGGCUUAUUUGGGUGGAAAUGCUGCAGCUGAAGGGAGUAGUGUUGAACAACAAGUUUUAGAAUCAAACCCAGUUCUUGAAGCAUUUGGCAAUGCAAAAACCGUCAGAAAUAACAAUUCCAGUCGUUUUGGAAAAUUUGUUGAAAUUCAAUUCAAUAAGCAUGGAAAAAUAUCUGGCACAGCCAUUAGAACAUAUCUCCUAGAGAAAUCUCGUGUUUGCCAAAUCUCUGAUCCUGAGCGUAACUAUCACUGUUUUUACCUUCUCUGUGCUGCUCCCCCUGAGGAAAGGGAGAGAUAUAAGUUGGGAGAUCCUAAAUCAUUUCACUACCUUAAUCAAUCCAGUUGCUAUGAAUUAGAUGGUGUUAAUGCUGCCCAGGAGUACUUGAGCACGAAGAGAGCUAUGGAUGUAGUGGGAAUCAAUAGUGAAGAACAGGAUGCAAUUUUCAGAGUUGUGGCUGCUAUUCUUCAUCUUGGAAACAUUAAGUUUGAAAAAUCAGAAGAAGAUUCAUCAGUUUUAGCAGAUGAAGAAUCGAAGUCCCAUCUUGAAAUGACAGCAAAACUUCUCAAGUGUGUUCCAAGUGCUUUGGAAGAUGCACUUUGUAAGCGUAUGAUGAUUACCCCAGAAGAAGUCAUUAAGAGAAGUCUUGAUCCUCUUGCUGCGACAGUUAGCAGGGAUGGUUUAGCCAAGACAUUGUAUUCUCGGUUAUUUGACUGGUUAGUCCAAAAAAUUAAUGUCUCCAUUGGGCAGGACCCCAGCUCAAAUUGUAUAAUUGGAGUUCUUGACAUAUAUGGUUUUGAAAGCUUUCGAACUAAUAGUUUUGAGCAGUUUUGUAUUAAUUACACAAAUGAAAAGCUGCAGCAACACUUCAACCAGCAUGUGUUUAAGAUGGAGCAAGAGGAAUAUACAAAGGAAGGGAUUGAUUGGAGCUACCUUGAAUUUGUAGAUAAUCAAGAUGUAUUGGAUCUUAUUGAAAAGAAACCAGGUGGAAUUAUUGCUCUGCUUGAUGAGGCAUGCAUGUUUCCAAAGUCAACUCACGAAACAUUUUCACAAAAGCUUUACCAGACUUUCAAAAAUAACAAUCGCUUCAUCAAGCCAAAAUUAUCUCGAUCAGAUUUUACCAUUGUUCAUUAUGCAGGGGAGGUUCAGUAUCAGUCUGAACAGUUUUUAGACAAAAACAAAGACUACAUUGUUCCUGAACAUCAAGACAUGCUGAGUUCUUCCAAAUGUUUUUUUGUAGCAGGCCUUUUCCCCCCACUUUCUGAGGAGACAGCCAAAUCUGCUAAAUUUGCUUCUAUUGGUGCUCGCUUUAAGCUACAAUUACAACAACUAAUGGAUACGCUCAAAUGCACAGAGCCCCACUAUAUUAGAUGCGUGAAGCCAAAUAAUGAGUUAAAACCUGCUGUUUUUGAUAAUAUGAAUGUCAUCCAACAGCUUCGCUCUGGUGGUGUUCUUGAAGCAGUAAGAAUUAAAUGUGCUGGAUUUCCAACACACAGGACCUUUCGUGAUUUUUUAACUCGAGUGGCUCUUCUUGCUCCAGAGAUUGUCAAAGGAAACUCUGAUGAGAAAGAUUCAUGUAUAAAGAUUUUGCAGAAGAUUGGCCUUACAGGUUAUCAGAUAGGGGAAUCACAGAUAUUCUUGAGAGCCGGUCAGAUGGCUGAGUUAGAUGCUCAAAGGGCAUUCCUCCUUAACAACUCCGCUAUUGUUAUCCAGAAACGGAUCAAAACUUAUCUGGCUCAGACAAGAUAUGUCACACUGCAGAAGUCUUCUGUUUGUGUGCAAUCUUUUUGUAGAGGAGAAAUGGCUCGGAGAUCAUAUUAUCAAGUGAAGAGAAAUGCAGCUGCUGCCAGAAUUCAAAGGAAUAUUCGCGGAAAACUAGCAAGGAAAAAGUACAACCAAAUAUGUACUUCGGCCAUUGUAUUGCAGACAGGCUUCCGAGCUAUGGCCGCUCAUGUUGAAUUGAGACGUAGACUGGAAACAAGUGCAUCAAAUAAACUUCAGGUUGAGGAGAAAGCCGUUGAAAUGGAAUGCCAGGUUCAGGAGAAAGGAGUUGAAAUGGAAGGCCGGGUUAUGGAGAAAGCAGUGGAAAAUGAAAGCCCUUGUAUGAAAGAAUCCUUAAAUGAUUGUAAAGAUGCUGAAAGCAUUCAUGCUAUCAAAGAUUCCUCAAUUACUUUCCAAGACUCUCAGAAGAUUGAGGCUCUUACUGCAGAAGUUAUAAAUUUAAAGGUUAUGUUGCAUGCAGAAAAACAAAGAGCUGAUGAUUGUGAAAGGAAAUAUGUAGAAGCCCAAGAAUCUAGGGAAGAGUUAAGCAAAAAGCUAGCAGAAACAGAAAAAAGAGUACAUCAACUUCAAGACUCAUUGAACAGGAUGAUAUCUUCCAUGUCAAGCCAAGUUGCGGAACUGAAAUUGAUAUUAAAUACUUCAUCGAGAUUAAGUUCAACUUUUCGGCCUAUUGCGAGAGUUGAUGCUGCUUCCAGCAACUCUGAUACUUCAUCCACAGAUUCUGAUUUCACAGUUUCAGCACCAGCUUCAAAUGCAACCAAUCCGUCUAACACCCAGCCUAGUUCUAUUCAACUAGUUGUUCAGGGUGUCACUGCAGCGGAUGGUUCAGGAUCUGAAGGCGAAAAGGAGGGGUCAUUUGAUGAUUUCUUCUAGUAAACCUUGCAUCUCUCCUUUUUGCCUUAAUUUCCUUACUCUCUUAUUAAUUGGUGGAAACAAGAGGAAGGGGGGACUUGGCAUCGUUAUUAAGGCAUGUCUACUCGUAUGCUAAAGAUGCACUACAUACAAAUUUGUAGAUAUGCAGGUCGUUGAGGACCCUGUAGAUCAGUCAGCUAAAUCUAUUAAGAGACAAUCUAUGGUCAAAUUUUUUUUAGUGUUUUAUUAACUUUGUAGAUAUCCCUGCUUACUUCAUUCUUUUUAGUUAUUUCAUGAUGUCAAAUGGCAGAUAGAGUGAAAAUACGGUAUAUCCCUGCUGAGUUCCCUUGUUUUCUUGCCUUUUUUGGGUCGACAUCGUUAGGAAGCUGUAAUUCAAUCUGGCUGACGGUUCAUCACCUUAAUAGAAUUUGCUAGUAGUAAAGAUCAAAGAAUUUGCUAGUAGUGACUGUAGGAUCAGGAAUUCAGGAUCCUUCCAACACUCGAGAGAGACUGCUGGUGCAGGGUUGGCUCACGGUCUCAUUCCAGUACCCUUCCUUAUAGCGAAGAAAAUCCUGUUUCGUUACAUCGACCCUUCAAGGAACUUGUGGGAAACAUGGACUUUUUAUACAGCGCGGUACAUUGCGCUUGGCUUCUGGCGUCGUGAGUGAUAAAUUUUGUCAAGCUAUAGUAUGUACGUUACAUUUGUUAUUAUAUACUAUGCAGC